AGCGGGAAGCGGAUCUUUGCAGGAAUUUCAGCCCAGGAAGGCUUCAGUUCUUUCCAAAAGAGCAGCGAGAAAAAUAGAGAGACAGGGAAAGAAUAAACGACACGUGUCUUUUAAAGCCGCUAAUGGAAGAUUCCCCGAGGCGACCAAUCAAGCUGGCAAUCCUCCUGCUUCACUUCUUGACAGGUUCCUCUCCUCGACGGAGUUGUCAGCCCAGGCAUCUCUGUUUCGGCGCUGGGGGGCUGACGGCCGCCGGCAGGAGGGGACAGCGGGACACGGCCAGGACUCCACCGAGACCCGGCGUGGCCCCAGCUGGGAGACCCGGCAUUCCUCCUCGCUCUUCCACACUCUCUUCUCCCCAGCUGUUUGCUGAGACGGGUACCACACCACCUUCCUCGGCUUUUGAUGCUGAAUCAGGAUCGUUUUAACUAAAGAUGGAAACACUGGAGUCAGAAUUGACCUGCCCAAUCUGCCUGGAGUUAUUCGAAGACCCUCUCCUGCUGCCGUGCGCCCACAGCCUCUGCUUCAGCUGCGCCCACCGCGUCCUGGUCUCCAGCUGCUCCUCCAGCGAGUCCAUCGAGCCCAUCACCGCCUUCCAGUGCCCCACGUGCCGCUAUGUCAUCUCCCUCAACCACCGGGGCCUGGAGGGCCUCAAGAGGAAUGUGACCCUGCAAAACAUCAUCGACCGCUUCCAGAAGGCGUCCCUGAGCAGCCCCAACUCCCCCAGCGAGAGCCGCCGCGAGAGGACCUACCGCAACAGCCCUACCAUGUCCGUGGCCGGCGAGCGGAUCGCCUGCCAGUUCUGCGAGCAGGAUCCCCCGCGGGACGCGGUGAAGACCUGCAUCACCUGCGAGGUCUCCUACUGCGACCGCUGCCUGCGGGCCACCCACCCCAACAAGAAGCCCUUCACCAGCCACCGGCUGGUGGAGCCCGUGCCCGACGCGCACUUCCGAGGACUCACGUGUCUGGAGCACGAGAACGAGAAGGUGAACAUGUACUGUGUUGCUGACGACCAGCUCAUCUGUGCCUUAUGUAAACUGGUGGGCCGCCACCGGGACCACCAAGUGGCAUCCCUCAGUGAUCGCUUUGAAAAGCUGAAGCAAACCCUGGAGACGAAUCUCACCAACCUGGUUAAACGCAACAGUGAACUGGAGAACCAGAUGGCCAAGCUGAUACAGAUCUGCCAGCAAGUGGAGGUGAACACGGCCAUGCACGAGGCCAAGCUGAUGGAGGAGUGCGACGAGCUCAUGGAGAUCAUCCGCCAGCGCAAGCAGGUCAUUGCCGUCAAGAUCAAGGAGACAAAGGUGAUGAAGCUGCGGAAGCUGGCCCAGCAGGUCGCCAACUGCCGGCAGUGCCUCGAGCGCUCGACGGUGCUCAUCAACCAGGCGGAGCACAUCCUGAAGGAGAAUGACCACGCGCGGUUCCUGCAGACAGCCAGGAACGUGGCUGAGAGGGUCGCCAUGGCAACCGCAUCCUCUCAAGUUCUGAUACCAGAUAUCAAUUUUAAUGACGCCUUUGAAAACUUCGCUUUAGAUUUUUCCAGAGAAAAGAAGCUGCUGGAGGGGCUGGACUACCUGACCGCGCCGAACCCGCCGUCUGUGCGGGAGGAGCUUUGCACGGCCUCCCACGACACCAUCACCGUCCACUGGAUCUCGGAGGACGAGUUCAGCGUCAGCUCCUACGAGCUGCAGUACACCAUCUUCACCGGCCAAGCCAACUUCAUCAGUCUCUACAACUCCAUGGACAGCUGGAUGAUCGUCCCCAACAUCAAGCAGAACCACUACACCGUCCACGGGCUCCAGAGCGGCACCCGCUACAUCUUCCUCGUCAAGGCCAUAAACCAGGCGGGCAGCCGGAACAGCGAGCCCGCCCGGCUCAAGACCAACAGUCAGCCUUUUAAGCUCGACCCCAAGAUGGCUCACAAGAAGUUGAAGAUCUCCAACGACGGGCUGCAGAUGGAGAAGGACGAGAGCUCCUUGAAGAAGAGCCACACGCCCGAGAGGUUCAGUGGGACAGGCUGCUACGGCGCGGCGGGCAACGUCUUCAUCGACAGCGGCUGCCACUACUGGGAGGUGGUGGUGGGAUCCUCGACCUGGUACGCCAUCGGCGUGGCUUACAAGUCGGCCCCCAAGAACGAGUGGAUCGGGAAGAACUCCUCCUCUUGGGUCUUCUCCCGCUGCAACAACAACUUUGUGGUGAGGCACAACAACAAGGAGAUGCUGGUAGAGGUCCACCCGCAGAUGAAGCGCCUCGGCGUCCUCCUGGAUUAUGACAACAACGCGCUCUCCUUCUACGACCCGGCCAACUCCCUCCACCUCCACACCUUCGAAGUCUCCUUCAUCCUACCGGUGUGUCCCACCUUCACCAUCUGGAACAAAUCCUUGAUGAUCCUCUCGGGUCUGCCCGCCCCGGACUUCAUAGAUUACCCAGAGCAGCAGGAGUGUAACUGCAGGCCCCAGGAGUCCCCGUACGUAUCAGGGAUGAAAGCCUGUCACUAGGCUGCCCUUGCCCUGCCGUGCCCCGUGGGGGCACCAGCCAUGCUGGCAGGUGUCGGAGUCGGCCACCGGGAGCCUACGGAGCCAAGCCCGAAGCCACCCCGCAGCCGUAACGCUCCAACCAGCGAGCACCUUCCCACACACAGCUCAGUUAUUUUUUUUAAGGGGAGAGAGGAGGAACCUCUAACCACGGCUGAGAAUAAACUCCUGCUGGCGAGCUCCGCUUGUGUGCGAGUGCGGCUUGUGCAACUCCUUGCUGGUGUGCUCCCAUCUCUCCCGAAGCAGGUUGUCCCUGGAUGGUUCUGUCUUCCCCUUGGGGCUGGAAAGGCUGGGGCGGGUUUUCAGGUGACCUUCUGAGGCGCUGCUGUGGUCAGGGGACGUGUCGUGCAUCCCCAUGAGGCGCAGGUGGCAGCAGGAGGGGUUGGCUUUCUGGAGCCCGUUGGUAGCUUGUCUGGAGAGCCAGGUGGGACCCGAGCAUCGCUGCCUGGGGAGGGCGUUCGCUUUGGCUGAAGUUCAGCAGCUUCUCUGAUGCAGCAGAUAAUCGCAUGGACCCCUUGCACUUGGCGAGCGCUGGCGGUGGUUGUGUGGUGGGUGAUGGUUGUGCGGUGGGUGGUGGUUGGGUGGAUGGUCUGUGAGAGCGCAGGCGGUGCUGAGAAGGCUGGUGUCACUGCCUGUCCCAGCCGUGUGCCGCUGCUGGCCGUGUUCCCUCUGCUCGGCGGGGGUUGCAGUCCCACCAUGGAGGGCAGCCAGCCGCAGACCCUGACCCACCGCGUCUCCUGACCCCACCGUGUCUCCUGCUUCAGGAGCUCACCAGGAGUCUGGGAGCCCCCCAUCCUUCAGGACCAAGCCAAGGAGCGUCUCGCCCCUGGCCCAGAGGUUGGCAGAUGCUCCUGCCCAAGGCAGGGUCCAGCCGGCUGUGCCCCACCACGUGCGGCUCUGUGUAGGCCUCCGUUAGUUCCAUGCCUGGUGUCCCUGCAGAAAAAGCAUGUCUUCCCAUGCUGAGCAGAUGAUCAAGUCCUGCCCAAAGACUCAUCUCUGUGCUUUAUGGCCCCGAAUCUCAAUUUGUGACCCCAAAUCUUGGCUCUUGGUUUGUUCUCCCCCACGGUGGUGUGAGCGUGGGGCCGUCUUGUUUGCUCUGUGGCAAAGGACUGAAUUCAUCCCAGGGGCUCCAGCCCCUGAUUACUGGGAGCUCUUUGGCUGCCACCAGUGCUCCCAGUAAACACAAGCACCAAGUCCCCUGGCCAAGCUUCAGUUUCCACAUUUGCUUAAGAGCCAGGAGGAGCCAGGCCAGGCACAUCGGUCCCUGUGUCACAAGGAGCAAAGACCCAGUGCGGGCACCUGCAGCCAGGGUCGGUGGCACAGUUCGGGGCAGGUGGGCACGUGGACGUCCACAUCGCACCCGUGGCUGGUGGCACGGCGUGGAGGGGGUGCCGGGGGCAGCGAGGGGGUCAGGCAGCACGGUGGCCAGGGCAGGCUGGUGCUUGAGCUUUGGUCCAUGGUGUUUGAAACCCCCUGUUUCUCCCCUGGCUGUGGUGCUGUCAGAUGCCUCGGUGGCAUUGCACAGGGACCAUCGGGCUGAGACCUCCUCGCUCUGCAGCCUUUUCCUUCCUUUUUUUGGACCUUGCUGAUAGGGAACUACCUCAAAGCCCA